GAAGCUUUUCAAAAUAGUUGACCUUUGUUGGAAAGUCACACCCUCCAUUGACUGUAUAAAAGAGGGUUCAAACGAUACCUUAUACUGCAUUCUCUGUUUCUUUGGUCAAUCUGUGCAUUAUCAUCUUUUGCUCUUGAUACCAUUUUUAUUACACAAUGAGUUACAGUUUCAGCCAGAGCAGUUCAAGAGGCAGUGCUGUCUCCUCCCGACUUACGGAUGGUAUCUACAGAGCUGCCAGUAUCAGUGGGGGGUACGGGGGAGCAGGUGGAUAUAGCGGAUUUGGUGGUUCUGCCAUGUCUGUUUCCAGUGCUAGGCUAUCAUCUGCAGGUGGGUCAGGAUAUGGCUUCAGCUCUGGAUAUGGUGGCAAGGCAUCAUUUGGUGGAGGAGGAGAUUUUGGCUCGGGAGCAUCGUUUGGGUCGGGAGCAUCUUUUGGCUCUGGAGCAUCUUUUGGCUCCAGUUUUGGUGCCGGCGGUGGAGAUGGUUUACUGUCUGGCAAUGAAAAGUACACCAUGCAGAAUCUAAAUGAUCGCCUUGCCAGUUAUCUGGAUAAAGUACGGGCCUUGGAGCAAUCCAACAACGACUUGGAGAUCAAAAUUCGUGAAUGGUACUCAAAGCAAACUUCAUCCGCCGUUCGUGAGCAGAGCUUUAGCGGCCAGUACACAGCUAUUGAUGAGAUACGAGAUAAGGUAAGGAACUCAGAAAACAAUGCACAAUUACACAGCAGUACCACAAGACAAACCUAUACUACUAUCUACCUGUACCUAUCUUUUCUUAAAUUCUGAACUCUGCAUUGUAUGGUAAAAUGCUUCUUCUUUAAAGGGACAUUCUAGGUACCAUGACCACUACAGCAUACCAGUCAUCUGUUUAAACCAUUUAUAAAUUGUUUGUCACUUACCUAUGUCACCUUUCCGGUGAGUUCUGAUAAAGCAACAGUUUAUUAUCAAACCAACUUAUACCAUGUUUAAGCAGUACUCAUUGACUGAAAGUGUCAACCGAUGCCCGAGACUUCUGGUACUUUAACCACUACAAUAUACUAUAUGAUUCCUAGAAUGUCUCAUUUAUUGAUGAUUGAAUUGGUUAGCAAAGGUAAUAUCUUCGUUUUGGUAUUGUUCUGUAUGUUUACUUCCUUCUACUGGUCUGCAAUGACUCAAAUAUAUGCAUUGGGAAUUUUAGGAAUCUUGCAACUUUUUUAAUAAGGACAAAAAAAACAAAUGGGGUCUCAUUUGGAAGGAUCAUGUUGACAAUGUUAUUCUUUAAAAAAAAACAAAAAAAAAAACAACUCUUAAAUCUGGUGCUCUAUUAAAAAAAAUAUUAACUAUGAUGUUUUAAAUGAUUUGGGACAAAGUUUUAUGAUAUACAAUCAACCAAUGUAAAGCAAUUUGAGAAUCAUCUAUGGAACAAAAUUAAAGGAACACUAUAGUGUCCGGGAUAAAAACAUAUGUGGAGUGACUAUUUAGGUGACUGGCCCCCCUCUCUAUGAAGUAAAAAUAUAUUUAAACUGUUCACCUUCAUUGUGCCAAUUUCACCAUUGCUGGCCCUGCCAUUGUUGAGAUCAUUAAUCAUCAAUCAGGUGGUUCGUCUACAGCGCUUAGUGUCAUAGGUGAUUGCGGAACCUGUUUAAAUGGAAACUAUCACUACCCAGGAUUUUUGUUAUUAUGUUUACUUAUUACCUAUAUUUACCAAAUAUCUACUUUUGUGGUGUGAAAUAAAACCCUAAAUUUAUAAAUUCUUAUCUAUUUACCCCGCAUCUUGGUGUCCCAUCUUGGCUCCCUGUCAAUCAAUGCUACAAGCUCUGUCCUUUGCACCUGGCAGUUAACAUAGAAAAAACAUGCUGAUAAGAUAUAUUAAACAAUGUUUCUAUUUCUCAUUUGCAAUGUGUGCCCUGUGUCUGGACUAUACCAGAUUGUGAUGUAAGUUUACUAAAUAUUUAACUAAAUUUGAAAGAUAAUAGAGCAUCACAUUAAAAAAAUACAAAUAAAAUGUUAAAGGGACACUGCAGAUACCAAUACAACUUAAAUUCAUUCAAGCUUUUGGCCAUUUAAUAUACUUUUUUUUUAGCAUACUCAAAUCAUUAUAGUUUUUGCAUAAAAUAAACACAUGUGCAUAAUGCUGCACCAUAAGACUGCCUCUUUAGCCACACCCCCUCACUUCAGGAAAAUACUUCCUUAUCAAAUGUAUGUACACAGAUACACUGACAGUACAGAAUGAUCUGAACUAUGAAAUAACCUGUAUUUGAAGGAGAGGACAUCUAGGGAGGCAUAUAGUGAGGGUAUCACUACCUGUUCAUAGUUUCUCUAACUGUCUGCAGCCAGGGUAUCAAUUAAAAGCAGCUUACUCAGUGCUAUUAGAGCUGAGCUGUUUACAUAUUUUUGAUUAAAAAAAAACAUUUUAAUCAUGGAAGGGGCGUGGCUAAGAAGGUAGGUUUACAGGGCAGUUUUCUGCAAAACAUUUAUUUUUUUUGUGCAAAAACUAUAUAGAUUUGAGUUUGCAAAGAAAAUACAGCAUAUUAAUGAGGCCGAAAUCCAUCUAAUGCAUUACAGUUGUAUCGGUACACGUCAUGUCCCUUUAACAAGGGCUAUAAGUUAUUUUCAAUGUUUUUUUAGUUUGCAGAACAAUGCCAGUUUCCUCUUAAUGCAUUGACACACAAAAGGAUAAAUUAUCUCAAGAGAAAAUCUGAGCAGUGUGUUGUGAUAUGAGGCAGCAACCCACAAUCCUCUAUACUAUUGGCAUGGUGGGGUAAUUGCCCCCCCCCCACGCAGGCCUCUUAUGGUACAGACAAUAUGAAACAAUUACACGUUAUUAUAUUCUUAUCUGUUAUAUAUAAAAAUCUACUAUAGAAUGUAUUGCAUGGACAUUUGAAUGUUGGCUACCUAUGCACACAUUCCAUAUUUAGUGCAAACGUAUUUACAUUACUAAGGUAAUUGCUGUCUGUUUAACUAAUGCUCAUCAUGAAUCUUUACUUCUUCCUAGAUCUUUGCCGCCAAUAUAAAUAACUCCAAAAUUAUUCUGGAGAUUGACAAUGCUCGGCUUGCAGCUGAUGACUUCAGAAUGAAGUGAGUAUAAAAUAUUUUUCUUCAGGAACAUGACUGUUCCUGGUUUGUUGAUUAACUCCUUCUUUUGUACUUAGUGAAAUCAUAUGCAAUAGUUAAAAGGACACUAAAAUCAUCAGAACUAAAGCUUAAUGUAGUAGUUCUGGUGUCUGUCGCUGUAGACUUUUCAAUGUAAACACUACCUUUUCAGACCGGUGUGGCGUGGGAGAAAAUUUAAGUUUCAAAACUUUUCAAAGUAAUCUGAGGUGGGCCGGAGAGCUAAAUAGUUAGCUUAACACUAUUUAUUGCUGACGCUAUACUGUCCUAGUAAUGGGCAUUAUUACAUUAUUAGAACUCCUGUGUGCAUUAAAAAAGCAAGUUUACUUACCUGUUAGUAAAUACUGAUGAUCUCAGCAAAUCCAAUGCUUCCCCAUAGGUAAACAUUGGAGAACUAGUACGCUUGCAUGGCAAAUCACCACUCUGUACCAAUGCAUCUCUAUGGGAAGCAUUCAGCAUCCUCUUGUAAUGCGUGGAGAUGCUGAACAUUGGUCCUGUAAUAUUUGCAGGACCAAACCCAGGAAGUCGCUCUAGUGGCUGUUGGGAAAAAUGUUUCCAACUAAAACCUCUGCUCAAGAUUUAUAUAUCUGGAACUAAAUAAUCCUCCUUGGAGGUUAUUAGAAUCCAAAUGUACAAACCAGUGCUACCUAGGUUACCAAAACCAGAUUUAUAUAAGAAUGAAAUAAUAACAAACAUUCAAGUGAGGGAUAAAUGUGCUGUAAAAGCUGUGAGAGAACCCAUAUAGCUUUUCAGGUAAUUAUAGUUAUCAUGUGUGAUAACAUUAAGUAAGGCACUUUUGAAGAGAUAACCAGAAAUGCUGAAUUUGGGUGUAAGAGGAAAAGGGCAAAUUUACUGUAUUACUUUAUUAAUUUAAGUUAAUAAUCGUAAAUUUAAAAAAACUAAUUGAGCAACAGUUGUUCAUGUCUUGUGCUGAUGAUUGGAGUGUUGAAAUGGCUUACAUGUGCAUCUGUAUUAACCAAUUUCAACUAAACACAGGUAUGAGAACGAGUUUUCCCUGCGCCAGAGUGUUGACAAUGACAUUAAUGGCCUCAAACACGUUCUGGAUGAGUUGACAAUGACCAGAUCUGACCUGGAACUCCAUAUUGAAGGUCUGAAGGAAGAGCUGGUUUAUGCUAAGAAGAACCAAGAAGAGGUAUGAAUUUAUGGAGAAAACAGUUUUGUUUUUUUAAAGAAUACCUAAUUUCUAAAUCUUACCAAGAUCCUUAAAUUAGCCUAGUUGAAAUGCUCAUAUAUAUUUUGUGUUAAAAUUAGCUAAAAAUAUGGACUUAACCAAAGUUGCAUUCCAAUUAGAAAUGUGGUUAUCCUCAAACUUGUUCAAACUUUAAUAUCUAAUUUAUCCAUUUAUUUCUUCACAUCUAUAGGAAGUCAGCGAGAAGAAGCAGCAUGCUGCUGGUGUCGUGAACGUUGAGUUGGAUGCUGCUCCAGGAGUUGACUUGCUGAAGACACUCAAUGAUCUCAGAGAGCAAUAUGAACAUAUUGCCGAGAAAAACAGAAGAGAAGCUGAAGCGUGGUUCACCAGCCAGGUAAGACCUUGCCUCAAGGCGGUGAAACUUUACUAUGUUUUAAAUUUGUAAAAAAAAAAAAAAAAAAUGUUUGACAUUGUCUUUUUACAAUACGCAUGUUCUGACACACGUGUGGAACUUUUAUUGCUUUUUUGAAAUUUCAGGUUCAAGCCUUGCAGACUGAAGUUGCCACCAACACGCAACAAGUUCAGAGCAGCAAGAGUGAAACAACAGAGCUAAGACGCUCAAUGCAAAGCUUGGAGAUGGAAUUGCAGUCUCUACUAACUACUGUACGUAAACAUAAAGGGUCUCUAUUUGAUACACAUCGGUUUGAAUUAUAGACUUUACAUGCAGGCAUACAAUUCUGCACGCAAUCAUGUCAUAAACCUAUGGGAGAUAUGAUUUUUUCCAAUCAACACUUUGAAAAUAGUUCCGUGAACGAGAUUACAUUUGCUAAAAAGUGUUCAUCCCCAAGAUGUCAAGUCUUCUAUUCAUCCUAAAGGGGCAUUUUAUCAAUAAUUAAAUGUAUGCCAACCUACAGAAUCUUUUUGACAGUGGGAUCAUCCAUAAAAGAUCCAACUGUCUCCCAGAAUCCUCCAUAGACCCCCACUUCGUACUUUUGCAUAUCGGCUUAAGCACAAUAUUGAUGAAGGGUCCUCUAAGAUAAAGCAAGGUAAUGUUGAAAGGAGCUGAAGACUUGAAUGAAAAAGAUUGUGCAGGUGUCAAGGAGCAAAACAUUUAGGUAUCUCUACCUCCUCUCUCUCCACUUCUGACUGAUUUACAGUAAAAAUUUAUGGGUAAUGAGUUAGUGAUAAUGGCAGUUAUGGUCAUUUUGGGUCAUUUUGGCUCACCGGCUACAUGUUUUAUUAAAGAGGCAAAAAUGGGAAAUUUCCAAUAGUAUAUUACAUGUUAGUGGAAACAGUACUUCAGAUUUCCAGAUAUUUAAUUAAUAUAAAAAAACUUCAACAAACCACUUUUCUAGAACUCAUAUUCAAUUUCACCAUUUUUUUUUUACAUGUAGAAAGCCAGUCUGGAAGCCAAUAUGAGUGAAACCGAAGGACGUUAUUCUGCAGAACUCUACCAAAUACAAGUUAUCGUCAGUGGACUUGAGGUUCAGCUCAGUGAGCUCCGCUCAGAUAUAGAGCGUCAGAACCAGGAGUACAAAACUCUGCAAGAUAUCAAAAACCGUCUGGAACAGGAGAUUUCAACAUAUCAUCAGCUUAUGGAUGGAGAAGGUGGCAAGUAAGUCCCAAACCUUUAGAACUAUGGUCAAUAUCUUGAUAUAAAAUAGAUUCAAAUUCAUUCAUGUACAUUUAAAAGUUCUUGUUCUGAAAGUUCCUUCAAGAUCUUCUGGACAGUUUGUGUCAAAUCAUAUUCAAGUAGAUUAAUAAAAAGAGGGACUUUUCCAAUAUGUAUAUCCCUGUCUCUCUGUUGUAACCUGGAUUAUAACCCAUUGAACUUUAGAUGCUUAUGAUAGGAUAAGAGCUAAGUGUAAAUUAAUCAACCCCAGUGCUCUCAACCUAUUACUGCCAGCCAAAGCUGAACCAGUUAACACGGAAAUGACUUCUGCAUUAGCUUAGCCGCAGCAAAGAGUACAAGGCAGAAGAGACCUUUUAUUGUCAAAUCACUUGAAAACAAGGGCGUAACACAUCUACAAUCUUUGCUCCAUAGCCACAGUAAUGAGCUGUUGCGGUUAUGGUGUGAACAAGCCCCUUUAAACUGUUCACACAGUCGCGAUUCCAUUUAAUUUUCACGGUAUUCAAUAGGGUUAAGGCCAGUGCGUGAUACAAUUCCAGUUUUUCAGACAAAGCAGGUUUUAAACUAUUCACUAGGUUUGCCAUCAGAAAUGUUGGGCCAUUUAAAAAAAUUAUAGGUUUGCUCCCCCUCCCUCUGCCCCCCAGUUACACUCUUCCCAAGCUUGAGUACACUCGCAGAGAAACACACAUUCCCACACAUGCAUUCACAAAUGCACAUUGCCAGGAACAAACAGAUAUAGAUAUGCAUCUCAGACAGACACACACAAGCUUUGCCAUACACAAACAUUUACCUGCUGACCUACACAUAGAUAUGCACUGCCAUGCACUCUACAUUCAGACCUUACUGGCAGACACAAAUAUACACUCACUCCAGGUACAAUCCCUGAUUGACAGAUACACACCCACCCAGAACUAUUGCAACAUACUCAUUCUCCAACACAUAGACAUAUUCAGACACUUAGAGAUAUUUACAUAUAUAUGCUAGUGUGGGGUGACUCCCAAGGGUCUAGUGGUUCCCAGCAGCUCUUUCUCUCCUCUGCAAUUUUCCUGUAUGCUGGGAGGAAGUGCUCUGUGGUUACAUCCGCCCAGCCCUGCUGCGGAGUGAAGGUGGAUGGAUUGUUAAAGUGACACUACGUACCUUUUUUUAAUCAAUGGGGAGCUACUGAUUGGCUUAGAACGUCAUCUGACCACUCUAGCCACACAGCAGCAUCCCUGCCUGGCGGCACUCCAUGCUUCCUGUGACUGAGAUUCAAAAGCCGGAUGUAGCCUGGGGGACCUGGAGAUCAGUGCUAAAGACAUUUUUUGGGGUGAUAUAAUUUGAGAAAGGUUUAACUCCUUAAGAUAUGAGUGCGCCUGUCAUCAUAACAACUUCAUUUAGACGUUUUUAUGGGAUCCCUUCAAGUAAGUAGCCUGCUCUACAGAAUAUUUUCAAUGCAGUCCAGUUGGGGAGAUAUUUUUAUUUCCCCAACUAGACCCUUGUGGGCCCGCUGGCCUUAACAAGUCUCCUACCCAAGUAAUACCUGUAUAUCCCAUCAUGGGGGCGCUGUUAAUCAUAUUUCAGGCUGUACAAUACCACAGGCUGCCAGACAUAUAAGAAUGUAAGACAUACUUGCAACGAAGGUUUCAAAGAAAAUACGCUUGAGCCAGCAUGCUGAAUGAAAUCACAUAUUGUUUAACUAUAGAAGUUUUUACUCCUGAAAGAUAUUGUCUUUUUAUGUAAAAGUGCAAUGCUGGUAUAUUUUUCUAAAAAUAAUUAUUACCCAAUGUGAGGGAACAUUGGUGUUUCUAGAGAUUUGGAUGGAAUUUAAGUUAGGAUGAUAAACUAUAUUUUCAUAUUUUUUUUACCUAAAGAAUUGCUAUUGGUGGAGGUGGAGGUGGAGGAGCCGGAGGAAGUUCAUCAAGCUCAUCAAGUUCAUCAACCUCAACAACCUAUAAAUCGGGUAAGUGAUGCAAUCUACUACUACAUAGGAAACAUUCACAUCUCCAUAGGAAAAAAAAGAACCCAUUAGAACAUCAAUGACAUAAUCUAGAGAAUUGCAAGUUAUAGAAGUGGAACAUGGAGUGGUUGGAACUGGAGGGAGCCACCUCCACCUGAAGUUCACCCUAGAGAAACAUGGACUAUCAGUCUAACGUCUAUGUUCUCCUCCAUAUUGGCCUGUCCCCCAGGGUUGCUCACAUACAAAUCACUCUUGAGCUGCAUGAGAAAGUCUAAUGAUUUAUUGUGCUUUGUUAAUUAACGGGUCUCAAAUCAAGACUGCCCAAACAAAUUCAGGACAGUUGGAUUGUGCAACAAAUAAAACUGAAAAGCUUCUGUUAAUUAAAUUUCAAACUAUAUUAGCAGUGACUUAUACACUGGGUGAGGUACUUUUCAGUAUAUUUGACUCUGCCUACACGUAUAUUGUAGUAGUAAUAUAACCUACCUAUUGGUUAUUAUAUGCAGGUAUUCUUUGAUCACUGUUACAAGCAUUUUGGGUGGCAAAAUACAAAGCCUAUCCAUGUAAAACUAAAGUGCAUUUUUAAUUAGCUCCGCUGGCUUGCUGUAGUUAGAUAUACAACGACGUUGCCAGAGAUAAUGAUAUAUGUGAGGAUGCAUAGGGUAAAUAACUAUAUAAAAUGGUUUUACACAAAUUUGCAUUGGAAUUUUCUUUAUAGAAAAUGUAUUUGCAAGGGUGGCCUCAUUAGACGAACGAUAAGCAGCGUGCAGCACUCCAGAUGUUGUGAACUACAUCUCCCAUAAUGCUCUUGCGGCCAUGAUGCUGGCAAAGCAUCUGGGGAGAUGUAGUCUGAAGUGCAGAACAUUGCCUACCCCUGCAUUAGACCAUGCUGAAUUUAAAAAAAUCUGAUUGUAUGAUUUAAAGCAAACAGUGACAUUACACUACCAUGUGAUAGUUGGAAUACUGUGGCCCAGUACAUUUUAGUAGUUUUUUGAGUUACUUCCGAAGAUCUUUCAGCACAUCACCAGAGAUCAGUCAUCUAGAAAUGUUGUACGUUAUUGUCUUUUACCUUUUGCUUUUGAAAAAGAUCCCCUUUUAGAGAUAUUUGUGAUUAAAGUGGGAUACUAGAGGGGAACUGUCUCUUGAUUACAUGUACACCAUUAAACAAAAGAUUGAUAACCAUUAUAACUUGUGUUAGCCUUCUUCAUAAAAUGCUCAGUUUUCUUUCAAAAUUAUAUUAAUGAUUUAGCAAAUUACAUUGUUAUCCAGUUCAGACCAGGCAGAAAUAAGUCAAACAUUGCAAAUGAAGAGGAAGCAUUUUUUUCACAUCCUACAAAUACUUUUUUGUUAAACGAUCACUAUAAGGUUAGGAACAAAAGCAUGUAUUCCUGACCCUAUAGUGAAAUCCCAUCAUUUAUGCCCCCCCCCCCCUCCCUUAGCCUCUUCAGAAUCGGUUAAAACUCACCUUAUUUCCAGCUCUUCACAGGUCCGCUGGCACUGGCCCCACCCCCUUGGUGACACUGAUUUGGCCAAUUAGCACCUCCUCAUAGAGAUGCAUUGAAUCUCGGGGGCAAUGUAAACACUGCCUUUUCUCUGAAAAGGCAGUGUUUACAUGAAAAAGCCUGAAGGGAGCUAAUAUACUCACCAGAACAACUACAUUAAACUAUAGUUGUUCUGGUGACUAUAGUGUCCCUUUAAAUAUAGAUUAUAAGUAAUUAAAAAAACCUGGGGUGGCAAUUUGCAUUUAAGAUCCCACCAAAAGGGGGCUUGCAUAUAUUCUUCAUAUACCCAUCUCUCCCUGAAAUUGUGUACACUAACCAUCAACAGCUGGAGAGCACUAGACAAAAAUAAAUAUUUAUGUUCCAGAAUGAGAAUCUAUUCAACAUACAGAAGUUCAAACAGAAUAGACAUAACUGAGCAGUAUAAUAAAUCCACAACUUACCAUUCUUUUUCAGGAUCUUCUGUGACGACCACCACCAAAGUCCAAGCCAUCAUAAAAGAAGAAAUUGGAGGGAAAGUGAUUUCAUCCACAACCCUGAAGAGAUAUUAAUGAAUUACUGUCAACAAAAUGUCUGUUUCCAAUCAUAUUGCUGAGGAAUGUCUGUUAAAACAAGAUCCAGAAAACUGAAUAAUAAUAAAUAAUACUAAUAAUGUUCAGGAAUAUAAGUUUGUGGAAGCUGCUUUUAGGGUGGGAAAAGUACUCCAUGAUUUGUUACAGAAUACUGACAGCCUACUUCCUGGACCCACUGUGUGUUUCAAAAAGCUUGAAAAGCCUCUGAAGUGUGAAAACUUAAAGUAACAGUCUGGGCUACAGGUUACUACCUUAAUGUGUUUUGGUCUCAAUAAUUUGCUGUAUUUCCCUGCAUGCUCAAAUCUUUAUAGUUUUUGUAUUAAAAAAAAAUAAUAAUAUGUUGCAGAAUGCACCAUAAGCCGGCCUCUUUAGCCACGCCCCCUCAUGCCAGAAAAAUACUUCCUUAUCAAAUGUAUGUACACAGCUACACUGACAGUAUUGAAUGAUCUGAGCUACAAAGCAAAUCACAUUAUAAGGAAAGGACACCCGGGAAGGCAUAGUAAAAAUAUCCCUACUUGUUUACAGUUUUUUUUGAAUGUCUGCAUCCAGGUUGUGAAUUAAAAGCAAGUCACUUAGUAUUGUUGGGGCUGAGACUGUGUGCCAGCUUUUGAUAAGGAAGUUUUUCUUGCAUGUGGGGGCGUAUCAAAGAAGGCUGACUUAUGCUGCAGAAUUCUGCAAAACAUUUAUUUAUUUUUUGUGUGCAAAAACGAUAAAGGUUUGAGCAUGCAAAAAUCAUUUUAUAUUAAUGAGGCCAACAUUGAUCAGAUGCAUUACAGUUGUAUUGGUGCCCAAAGUGUCCCUUUAAUAUUAGCAUUUCUACCAUAAAUUAGACAUAAAUUAGAUUAUCUACACAUCAUAUGCUCACAUUUAACACUAAUGCAUUGACAUAGCUUUACAUUCUGAAUUAUGUGUUAUGUUCCUCAGUUAUUAAAUAAAAUGUAUUAAUGAGUCAUGCAAAGAAAAAUAUGUAUUUUUUUUAUUUUACAAUAUUUUACUUAAACUGUUUGUACAUCUUAACCCACAGAAAAUAAGGGGUUAUGAAGCAUGACUAAAAUCAAAGCAUAACUUUGUUAUUUAUUUGAUAAGUCUGGGUUUCACUUUUUAGCGUGUAUUUUUCGACUUUUCAAUCUUUUAUAGUUUAAAAAAAAUAUAUACAUUAAAACAAUAUUUAAAAAAUGUCAUAGAUGUUAAAAAAGUCCAGUAAUUCUAGCUUUUUUUAGGUGCUCAGUAGAGGGUUAUGCUUUUUAUGAUUUUUACAUUUGAGAUUGUUUUUAUUUUUGUCAUUCUCACAAUUUUAAUAGCUUUUUUUUUUUCAACCCGUAACUAUAGUAGUCAUAUAUAGUAUUGCGGUUAUCUAUAGUAAACCGGUAUUAUAAAAUCUGCUGACGAUAAUAAUAUAUCCCACAUGGACAAAUGUGACCAGCUGACUAUAACUAGUGCAAAUUUUGAUGUUCAGACAUCCUGAGUUAAUGCUCAUAGUUAGCUCUUCG